AUGGAAGUGAAAGAACACAGACCUUACCGCUCCCUGACCUCCAGGCGUGACACUGAGCAUCGGUACACUAGCUCUUCUGCUGACAGUGAGGACAGCAAGCUGAACCCUAAAUCCUACAGCUGCAGCGAGACCCUCAAAGCUUUCGACCAGGACACCAGAUUGGACUAUGUCAGCCGGGUCAAAGAUGUGGUGCACCAUGAAGCUGAUGUGUUCAGCAGGCAAGGGGCAGACUUCUCUCUCAGAGACAUGGUUUUUGGAGAUCCAGUGCCAUCCCAUAUGGCAACAUAUAGGACAGAAAUGGGCCUUCCCCACUGCAACUACUCUGUUAGUGUUGGCUCGGAUGCUGACACAGAAACAGAUGGGAUCAUGUCCCCUGAGCAUGCAGUCCGGCUCUGGGGCCGAAGCAAUACCAAAUCCGGGUGUAGUUCAUGCCUUUCUAGUCGAGCCAACUCCAACCUCACCCUAACUGACACAGAGCAUGAAAACACAGAAAACGGUUCUCCUCUCCAUUGCUCAUCUGCCUCCUCCUCCCCUGUGGACUUCCCCUACCCUCACCCUUCCCAUGCAGCCAAUCAGGGCCAUGGAAGGUUGCUAGGUAACAGUGGGGCUCAGGCUGGCCGGGACUCUGAAUCAGAAGAUGAGUCUGGCCCCAAUUCAUUCUCAGUUAGAACCGGCUCAGGGAAUGUCAUUGCUCCAGCUGCUGUGACUGCUAAUGAGGGCACUUACCAGAACCAUUCCCAGUUGCGGACACCACCUUUGUCCCUUUUACACUCCCACUCACCUAGUCUGCACCACGCCACCUCUAUCAGCUCCCUAAGCCAUAGCAACUACACCCAGCGCAGUAACCCGAGUCCGGCACCCACCGAUUGCUCAGCACCCAAUGAGGGUCCUACCAGUGCCCAUGUCUCAGGCAGCGCCCAGGACAACUGGCUUCUUAACAGCAACGUUCCUCUAGAAACCAGAAACAUAGCAAAGCAGACAUUCCUAGAGACUUUACAAGACAACUUCAUAGAGAUGGACAUACUGGCCACAGCUCACCAUGACGGGGCUUUCACUGAUGGACACUUUCUAUUCAAGCCUGGCGGGACUUCGCCAUUGUACUGCACAACGUCGCCCGGCUACCCCUUGACGUCCAGCACGGUAUACUCGCCCCCGCCUCGCCCCCUGCCACGGAACACAUUCUCAAGGCCUGCCUUCCACCUGAAGAAGCCCUAUAAGCACUGCAACUGGAAAUGUGCUGCACUCAGCACCAUCAUCAUCUCCAUCACCCUGGUGGUCCUGUUGGCCUACUUUAUUGCCAUGCACCUCUUUGGACUCAACUGGCAUUUACAGCCAAUGCAGAGGCAGAUAUAUCAGCUGACGGAAGACAACACAAGUGACCUACAUCUGCCCAAAGAUCUGGGCUUGCCGCCUUUGGGAAACACAGGUCUAGUGUUUCCAGACCGAGACAGCAAAGAUGAUGGUAAACUAGAUGGCUUUUUCCCAGAGGACAGCUUUAUAGACAUGGGCGAGAUAGACGUGGGCCGCAAAGUCGCCCAGCUGAUCCCGUCUGGAAUCUUUUGGCGGUCGCAGGUUUUUAUCGACCACCCCAUGUACCUCAAAUUCAACAUUUCACUUAGUAAAGAUGCCUUGGUGGGGAUCUAUGGGAGAAGAGGCUUGUCUCCAUCACACACACAGUUUGACUUUGUAGAGCUGUUGGAUGGCCGUCGGCUCCUGGCUCAGGGGGUGCCAGGCCUCGAGGGACCACCUUUUGCAGCCCAGCAGCGGAGCCUGGUGCCCCUCACCAGUCAUGAAACAGGCUUCAUACAGUACAUGGACUCGGGCAUCUGGCACCUGGCUGUGUACAAUGAUGGAAAGGAGACGGAGCAGGUGUCCUUUCUAACCACCGCGAUCAACUCGAUUGAUGAUUGUCCGAGCAACUGCUAUGGAAAUGGCGACUGUGUGGUGGGAAACUGUCACUGUUUUCCCGGCUUCAGAGGACCCGACUGCAGCAGAGCAUCUUGUCCUGUACUGUGCAGUGGGAACGGUCAGUACCUCAAAGGUCGCUGUAUGUGUCACAGUGGCUGGAAAGGGUCUGAAUGUGAUGUUCCCACCAACCAGUGCAUCGAUAUCACCUGUAGUGGACAUGGAACAUGCAUUGUGGGAACUUGCAUCUGUAAUCCUGGUUACAAAGGCGAGAACUGUGAAGAAGUGGACUGCCUGGACCCCACUUGCUCAGGAAGAGGUGUUUGUGUACAUGGAGAGUGUCACUGUUUUGUCGGCUGGGGUGAUCCUGGAUGCGAGAGUCCACGUGCCUCCUGUAUGGAACGGUGCUCUGGACAUGGAACCUUCUUGGCUGAUAUGAGCACUUGUAACUGUGACCCCAACUGGACAGGUCACGACUGCUCCACAGAGCUUUGUGCAGCUGACUGUGGCGGACACGGCAUCUGCGUGGCGGGCAGUUGCCGCUGCGAUGAGGGCUGGAUGGGCGCCGGGUGUGAGCAACGGGCUUGUCACCCACGCUGCAGUGAGCACGGAACCUGCAAGGAUGGGAAGUGUGAAUGCAGCCCAGGCUGGAAUGGAGAGCACUGCACAAUCGAGGGCUGUCCUGGUCUGUGUAAUGGCAACGGCAGAUGCACGCUGGGUAAUAAUGGCUGGCACUGUGUUUGUCAGCUGGGCUGGCGGGGAGCAGGCUGUGACACAUCAAUGGAGACGGCCUGCAGUGAUGGCAAGGACAAUGAUGGAGAUGGGUUGAUGGACUGCAUGGACCCAGAUUGCUGCCUGCAAGCUUCAUGUCACACCACAUCUCUAUGUGUGGGCUCCCCUGAUCCGCUGGACAUCAUACAGAAAACCCAGAUCUCCUCCAGCCAGAGCACCUUGCAGUCCUUCUACCAACGUGUCCGGUUCCUGGUGGGCAGGGACAGUACCCAUGUCAUCCCUGGGGCCAACCCUGUCGACGACAAUCAUGCUUGUGUUAUCCGGGGACAAGUGGUGACCUCAGAUGGGACUCCGCUGGUCGGUGUGAAUAUCAGCUUCAUCAACAAACCAGCCUAUGGAUAUACCAUCACCAGACAGGAUGGCAGCUUCGACCUGGUGAGUAAUGGGGGCAUGGCCAUAGCCCUGAGGUUUGAGCGCGCUCCGUUUAUCACUCAAGAGCACACCUUGUGGUUGCCGUGGGGGAGCUUCUUUGUCAUGGACACUAUUGUGAUGCGACACGAGGUGAAUGAUAUCCCUAGCUGUGACCUGAGCAGCUUCACUCGACCAAUGCCAAUUGUUCUGCCUGCCCCGCUGACUGUGUUUGCCAGAACCUGCAACGAGAGGGGCACCAUAGUGCCAGAGAUUCAGACACUACAGGAGGAAGUGCGAAUACCUGGUACUGAGGUGCUUCUGGGCUACUUGAGCAGCAGGACGGCAGGGUAUAAGUCCCUCCUGCAUAUCACCCUGACCCACCCAACCAUCCCUUUCAGCCUGAUGAAGGUGCACCUCAUGGUGGCUGUGGAAGGCAGGCUCUUCAGGAAGUGGUUCUCUGCUGCCCCGAACCUUUCCUAUGACUUUGUCUGGGACAAGACCGAUGUCUACAGCCAGAAAGUCUAUGGCCUCUCUGAAGCUUUUGUAUCUAUUGGUUUUGAGUACGAGUCCUGCCUGGAUCUGAUCCUCUGGGAGAAGCGUACAGCCGUCCUGCAGGGAUACGAGACCACGGCGUCCCACCUGGGUGGCUGGAGCCUGGACAAACAUCAUGCACUGAACAUCCAAAGUGGUAUCCUGCACAAGGGCAAUGGUGAGAACAUAUUCAUCUCGCAGCAGCCCCAGGUCAUCGGAAGCAUCAUGGGUAACGGGCGGAGGCGCAGUAUCUCCUGUCCGAGCUGUAAUGGACUUGCUUAUGGAAAUAAGCUACUGGCACCAGUAGCUUUAGCCUGCGGCUCUGACGGGAGUCUGUACGUGGGUGAUUUCAAUUACGUCCGUCGGAUCUUUACCACAGGAAAUGUCACAAGUGUCUUAGAGCUCAGCAAUAGUCCUGCACACAAAUAUUACCUGGCUACCAGUCCUGUUUCAGGGGUGCUGUACCUCUCGGACACCAGCAGCAGGAAGGUGUUUAAGGUGAAGUCUCUGAACACAGUGAAGGAUGCGGCGAAGAACCUGGAGCUGGUGGCAGGCACAGGAGAUCAAUGUUUGCCCUAUGAUGAGACACGCUGCGGAGAUGGAGGAAAAGCUGUGGAGGCCACACUUACCAACCCUAGAGGCAUUACUGUGGACAAGUAUGACGUGAUCUUCUUCGUAGAUGGCACCAUGAUCCGUCGUAUCGAUCAGAACGGUAUCAUAUCCACCCUGCUGGGCUUCAAUGACUUAACCUCGGCACGACCCCUGAGCUGUGACUCUGGGAUGGACAUCUCCCAGGUGCGUCUGGAAUGGCCUACUGACCUGGCCAUCAGCCCAAUGGACAAUUCCCUUUAUGUGCUGGACAAUAACGUGGUUCUUCAGAUCUCAGAGAACCAUCAAGUAAGAAUUGUGGCUGGGAGGCCAAUUCACUGCCAGGUUCCUGGCCUGGAUCACUUCCUUAUUAGUAAAGUUGCCAUCCAUGCCACCUUGGAAUCCGCCAAUGCUCUAGCCGUCUCCCACAACGGUAUGCUUUACAUCGCAGAAUCGGAUGAGAUGAAGAUCAGCCGUGUACGACAGGUCUCAACCAAUGGGGAGAUCUUGCUGGUUGCUGGCGCCCCUAGUGGCUGCGAUUGCAAGAAUGAUGCAAACUGCGACUGCUACUCUGGCGAUGAUGGCUAUGCCAAAGAUGCCAAACUAAAUGCGCCCUCCUCAUUGGCGGUCUCACCUGAUGGAGAGCUCUUCAUUGCUGACCUGGGUAACAUACGAAUCCGGUAUGUUAGGAGGAACAAACCGUUCCUAAACCCACUAAACAUGUACGAGCUUUCCUCACCGAUUGAUGACGAACUCUACUUGUUUGACAUAAAUGGCAGUCAUAUAUACACUCAAAGCCUGACCACUGGAGACUACUUGUACAACUUGACCUACUCUGGAGAAGGUGACCUGAGUAGUAUCACAGACAAGAAUAAGAACAAAGUGACUAUCCGCAAAGACACGACAGGACUGCCGCUUUGGAUAAUGGGCCCUGAUGGCCAAACCUUCUGGUUCACUAUUGGAACUAAUAAUGCAUUGAAGAGCAUUUCCACCCAGGGUCAAGAGAUAGCCCUGAUGACUUACCACGGAAGCUCAGAACUGCUGGCCACUAAGAGCAAUCAAGAUGGAUGGACAACCUUCUAUGAGUACGACAACUAUGGCCGGCUGACAAACGUGACCUACCCCACAGGCAGGGUGAGCAGCUACCGCACUGAUUCCGACAGUACUGUGCGGGUGCAAACGGAGGGCUCUAACAAAGAGGACAUCACGGUUACCACCAACCUCUCAGCCUCUGGAACAUUCUACACACUUAUGCAAGACCAAGUCAAAAACAGUUACUACAUCGGUCUGGAUGGCUCCUUGCGGCUGGUGUUGGCUAACGGCAUGGAAGUGUCCCUUCAGACGGAGCCUCAUUUGCUGUCAGGAACAGUCAACCCGACCAUAAGCAAGAGGAACGUCACUUUACCCAUCGACAACGGACUUAACCUGGUGGAGUGGAGACAACGCAAAGAACAAGGUCGAGGGCAGGUCACAGUGUAUGGACGCAGACUCAGGGUUCAUAACAGGAACUUGUUAUCCAUGGAUUUUGAUCGUAUAACCAGGACAGAGAAAGUCUAUGAUGACCACAGAAAGUUCACCUUGAGGAUCCACUAUGACCAUGCUGGAAGACCUACAUUGUGGGCUCCAAGCAGUCGACUGAAUGGUGUCAAUGUCACUUAUUCAGCAGGCGGCCACAUUGCUGGUAUUCAGAGGGGCACUAUGUCGGUCCGAAUGGAAUAUGACCUAAAAGGCAGAAUCACAUCAAAGAUAUUUGCAGAUGGAAAGUCAUGGAACUAUACAUACCUUGAAAAGUCCAUGGUACUACUUCUGUACAGCCAGAGACAAUACAUCUUUGAUUUUGACAAGAAUGACCGCCUCUCUUCAGUAACCAUGCCCAAUGUGGCCAGGCAGACUCUGGAGACCACCCGUUCUAUUGGCUAUUACAGAAACAUAUACAGGCCACCUGAGGGCAACGCCACAGUUUUGCAAGAUUACAGUGAAGAUGGACUGCUUUUGCAGACCAUCCACCAGGGAACAGGGCGAAGAGUCAUCUAUAAGUACGGGAAACUCUCCCGUCUUCUAGAAAUUCUUUAUGAUACUACACGAAUAGCCUUUUCUUAUGAUGAAUCUGCUGGCAUGCUGAAAACCGUGGGCCUUCAAACCGAAGGCUUUGCGUGCACCAUCCGCUACAGGCAGAUUGGACCACUUAUCGACAGACAAAUCUUUCGAUUCAGUGAGGAGGGCAUGGUAAAUGCCCGGUUUGACUACAACUAUGACAACAGUUUUCGGGUAACCAGCAUGCAAGCAGUCAUCAAUGAAACACCAUUGCCCAUUGACCUCUACCGCUAUGAUGACGUCUCAGGCAAGACGGAGCAGUUUGGCAAGUUUGGAGUCAUCUAUUACGACAUUAACCAGAUCAUUACCACAGCUGUCAUGACCCACACCAAACACUUUGAUGCUUAUGGACGAGUUAAAGAGGUGCAGUAUGAGAUUUUCCGUUCGCUAAUGUACUGGAUGAUGGUGCAAUAUGAUAACAUGGGGCGAGUCGUGGCCAAGGAGCUAAAGGUAGGGCCCUAUGCAAAUACCACUCGUUAUGCUUACGAGUAUGAUGCUGAUGGCCAACUCCAAGUUGUAUCCAUCAAUGAUAAGCCUCUCUGGCGAUACAGUUAUGACCUGAAUGGAAAUUUGCACCUUCUUAGCCCUGGUAAUAGUGCCAGACUUACGCCACUACGCUAUGACAUACAGGAUCGCAUUACACGAUUAGGUGACAUGCAGUACUGGUUGGAUGAGGAUGGAUUCCUCAGACAAAGAGGCAACGAUUUCUUUGAAUAUAACUCAGCUGGGUUGCUGGUUAAAACCUACAACAAAGUUAGCGGAUGGACCAUUAAGUACCGAUAUGAUGGUUUGGGACGAAGAGUAUCCAGUAGAAGUAGCCAAGGCUACCACCUUCAAUACUUCUAUGCCGACUUGUCCAGUCCUACCAGAGUCACCCACUUGUACAAUCACUCAAGUUCAGAGAUUACAUCACUCUACUAUGAUCUACAAGGACACCUCUUUGCCAUGGAGUUGAGCAGCGGGGACGAGUUCUAUGUCGCCUGUGACAACAUCGGCACGCCGUUGGCUGUUUUCAGUGGUGCAGGUCUCAUGAUCAAGCAGAUCCUUCAUACAGCUUUUGGAGAGGUGUAUUUGGACUCCAACCCCAGCUUCCAGCUAGUCAUAGGUUACCAAGGUGGCCUUUAUGAGCCCCUUACAAGGCUUGUGCACAUGGGCCGGAGAGAUUAUGAUGUUCUUGCAGGCCGAUGGACCACUCCUGAUCAUGAUAUCUGGAAGAGACUUAACAGCAACAACAUCGUGCCCUUCAACCUUUACAUGUUCAAGAACAACAACCCCCUGGGCAACACCCAAGAAACCAACUGCUACAUGACAGAUGUCAACAGCUGGUUGGUGACAUUUGGUUUCCAGCUGUACAACGUCAUCCCUGGCUAUCACAAACCUGCCACGGAUGCCAUGGAGCCUUCUUACGAGCUCAUUCACACUCAGAUAAAGAGUCAAGAGUGGGAUAGCACUAAGUCUGUGCUAGGGGUACAGUGUGAAGUCCAGAGGCAGCUGAAGUCUUUCGUCUGGUUGGAGCGAUUUGGCCAGAUCUACACAGCGAGUGAUUCCGGGUGCCCUCAGACCCCUCUCCAUACACUCUUUGCCACAGUGGGCUCGCUUUUCAGCAAGGGCGUGAAAGUAGCAAUUCGGGAGGGCCAUGUGACUGCUGAUAUCAUCAGUGUGGCCAGUGAGGAUGGGCGGCGAAUAGCAGCGGUGCUCGACAAGGCCAUGUACUUACAGGAACUACACUUCACCAUUGUAGGCUUGGACACACACUACUUUGUAAAAUCGGGAUCAGUAGAAGGCGAACUAGCGCUGCUAGGCAUGACAGUGGGCCAGCACACACUGGAGACAGGUGUGAACGUUACAGUCACUCAAGUCAACACAGUGAUUGCUGGCCGUACGCGACGCAUCACCGACAUCCAAAUGCAGUAUGGUACAUUGAGUCUCAACGUUCGCUAUGGUAGCAGUCUAGACGAAGAAAAGGUCCGUGUGUUGGAGCUUGCACGCCAGCGGGCCAUUUUGACAGCCUGGGCUCUUGAACGUCACAGAAUAAGGCGAGGCGAAGAGGGAUCUCGAGCUUGGACGGACGGGGAGAGGCAGCAGCUUCUGAAAUCCGGACUUGUGCAAGGCUAUGAGGGCUUCUACAUAGUGUCGGUCGAUCAGUUCCCUGAAUUAGCUGACAAUGUAAACAACAUCCACUUCCUGCGACAAACUGAGAUGGGCCGCAGGUGACAUGAAAGCGAAUAACGCGCGCUCUGACUUAUCAUCCAGAACUUCUUGCCAAAGACAAGUUGAAUUUGUGACCAUAUUGUUUUACUUUAUUUUUUACAUAUGUUGACUGUGCCAGACUUAUUUUUUCGACAGUAGAGUGCCCUUCUCCUUUUUUAGAAAUUCUUAAACACUGCUGCUAAAGGGUGGCAUAUGGCAGUGUUGUUGGUUUAUACAGCUCUGCCUGUCUGUUUGUGGGUUUUGCUCAAAGGAAUAUAGGAAGAAGGCUAAUAACGCAUUAUGCUCGCUGGCUCAGCCUGCCGCCAGAUGAGCAGAUUGUUAUUCACAAGUUUCACUCCACUCUGCCUUUUCCCACGCUUCAGCCAAGAAGAGACCUCUUUAAUCGCUUCUUUUUUAUACUUGAAAGCCCACCGGCUGUGUCAUACUUAAACAUGGGCAUUGGUGUUUGCCAUCCAUUGCUACUAGUUCAGGCUCUUAACUGAACCCAUCUCAUGUUCAAAACUUGUUAUUGUGUCUUUUAAUAUUUUGGAACUGAUUGCCUUGCUAGUCACAUACAUUUUUUUUUCUGUUUUUAACCAAAUGGCUUAAAAACAUAUAGAAAGAGAAAGAAUGGGAUGUGUGAAGUAUGCAUACAUUUAAAAUAAAAAAUAUUGGCAGAUUUUUUUUUUUUACAUAUGCAAUACGUAGCUAGUUGUAAAAAAAUAAAUUGUACUGAAAGAAAUUAUGGGAGCUUUUUCCUAAAACCUAGUGAGCUGCCUACCUAGAUAGAAUUUUAAGGUAUCAUUGACAUGCUCUGAUGUGGGGUUUCCAGCUGUUCCACAUUAGCCGGAACAUCCCGUAUUUGGCUGAAAUUAAGACAUAUUGUCUCGCAUUUUAGUGGCUCAUGGUCAGAUGGUGAAAUUACAGAAUUUUUUUUUUUGCUGUUUAGAGUAUCAAGACAUUAGUUUAUCAACAUGCUAACAUCAAACUUUAUGAUGCCUAUGAUGGCAGUACACAGCAAGGAAGUUCACUAGGUUUUGGAACAGACCUAUUGAGUCUAGAUUUCAGAGGUUUUUAAAUCAAAUAGUUUGAGAUCAACAUUACUUUUAUGUUAUAGUAACAUUCACAAAAAACAGUUGUGAAUGAUUUUCCCUUUUAAUACUGAUUGUUGUACUAAAAAAAUACAUAUGGAAUAAAGGUCAGUUAAUUCAAUUUAUUUGUUUGUAUGGUUAAAACAUAUGGUUGCAUAUGGACCAUUCGUAAGAAUGACAGUAUUUAUUUUAGUGCUGUGUUUUUAAGAGGAUCAUACAUCCUCGUGUUUUGUCAGUGAAAUAAACGCUUCAAGCGCAAAACGGCAUGAAUGCUUAAAAAAAGAGAAGAACGUUACUACAUGCACUCAGACUGCAAUUUAUUUAGGAAAUAUUCCGAGUGCUGUAAACACUGCACAUUGUGGUAAGGACAGUUGACAACCUAUGUGAAUAGCCUUUGCUCUGAGUUCUGCCUUUGGAUCAGCAUCGUGAGUGCUCUGAAUCUGAAAAACAAGACUGUUCAAAGUCUGCAGGAUGCAUGAGAUGUAUUAAGGCCUUGAGGUGAGCUGGUUAGAUGUUGAUAUGAAUGUCAACCCACCUGGUAACCCACCAUCUGGUUAUGUCUGGUUAUGAGCUUCAAAGAGCAUUCUGUGAAAUCUAUUUCUGGUUGGAUGGUAUUAAUAUAAUGGAAAUUAUGUUACAUUGGGGCUCCAUGUUAAGUAUUUGGUAUAUGAAUCUAUACCUGCUGCCACUCUUGGGGAAAUCGCUUAGGAAUGGUCACCAUGAUGAAUUGAUCAAGUGUUUCAAGCUGUAUAAUAUUGUCAAGGAAUUUUGUAUUUAUUUUUACAGUCAUUGAAUGAAGUGACAUUAUGAGUCUGACAGUAAUGCUGUAUUUAAAAAGAACAACAUUGAAUGAAGGAAGAAAUGCAAUUUGGUAAAUUGCACUGGAACUGCAUUAUAAGGCUUAUGUUUUCUUAUGUUUUAGAUUAAUUUCGAAAUUUCUGUUUGUUCUCAACACUGUGUUUCUGAAUGUAAAUAAGAUGAGAAGAAAUGGGCUGUAAAUAAAAUGCAAAUGUAGAUACCUUUUAAGAGCUACAGCAGUGAAUCUGUGUAGUCUUUAGUU